AUGUCUGAUACACUCGCUCUCACCGAUGCGCUCUCCUUCAACAUCCUUACCACCCCGGCUCCCUCAGCGCCAUCGACGCUCACAACUGCUCCUGUUUCUUCCCAAGCAACCCAAGUCUCGACCGGCUCACAGGCAUUGGACACCAGUUUGGCCCUUUAUAUUGACACUUUCCUCCUCAUCAUCGUCGCUCUUGUCUUCCUGUUUACUUUGCCCAGGGCUCUAAGUCGCAUUAUACAUCUUCCACAAUGGACCGACGGAUUCCUUCUCUACUUUUACCGCAGGAGAAAGUUCGAAAGGCGGUCUCGCGACGCAACCGAUAACUCUGUACGACAGAGUAGACCUUCUCCCCGCCGAGGCCAUUCUAACUCCAUCUCUAUCAUUCAUGCCGAGAACGGCGAGAAACUCAGGAGUACCAAAGUCAACCUCGUGUAUUCCUCCAACGUGUCUGGCAAUCUCUCCGAGCAUUCAUACUCCAGCUCAGCUGUUACUUUAAACCCUGCAGUGAACCUCCCAGUGCAUAUGUUCGCAUGGUCUUCCAUCUUCCCAGCGGUUGCUUCACUAUUCUCGAUCCCGGUGUGGCCCGGAUACUCCGUGGGCAAAGUGUCGUUGCUCUUGGGAUACUUUUGUCUUAUGUUGUUUGCCGGUUUGCUCCGUUCGAAUCCGUUCACGGAUCCAAAUCGAUCUGCUCUUUUGGGAACAAGUCAGGUGCCGGUUGUCAUUGCUCUAGCGACAAAGAACAACGUGCUUGGCGCUCUUACUGGAAUUGGGUAUGAGAAGGUUAUUUUUCAUUUUUCUCGUGCUCAGAAGAGCCAAGAAUUCACAGCUGUCUCACAGCUUAACUAUCUUCACCGGUUUACUGGGAAACUCUUCGUGUUGGCAGUCAACAUUCAUUCCAUCGGAUAUAUCUUUCAAUUUCUUCUCGGCGGUUCGUUUAGCGAACAUGUCAACGAUGAAUUGAUCUGGGGAGUUGUUGCGCUCGUCUGUGUGGACAUACUUUUCUUCUUCUCGCUGGACUUCUUCCGCCAAAUGUUCUACAAUAUCUUCCAUGCAACACACGUGAUUUCUGCGGUUAUCAUGAUGGCUGCAAUCUGUAUGCAUGCACCGAUCGCAAUUCCGUACAUUUUAACUGCAGUUGGGCUAUACAGUUUCGAUUUGGUCAUACGGCUUCUGAAAAGCCGUGUGACUACUGCUCGAUUACGGACAAUCCCUGAACUGAGUAUGGUCCGCCUCGAAAUCUCGGGACUCAAUGCAGGCUGGCGCGCGGGUCAGCAUGUGCGACUCAAAGUCCUAUCUUUGGGCAUGGGUUGGUGGGGGUGGACGGAAAGUCAUCCAUUCACUAUUGCCAGUGGCCUAAGCGACGAAGGGCUUGUAAUAAUGUGCAAAAAGGCGGGGGAUUGGACAAAUAAACUAUUCGAGCUGGCCAAGCGUACUGAAUGGUGCGAGGCAGGAGGGUUCAGUAGAAAAACCCAAGUUUUAGUUGACGGACCUUAUGGGGGCCAUGGGCAUACAGUCAUUACUAGCUUUUCUGGUGCAAUGGUGGUGGUUGGUGGCAGUGGGAUUACCUACGGGCUUUCCGCCGUUCAGGAACUAAUAGAGCGAAGUGUAGAAGGAUCUAGUCGAGUGAGGACAGUGGAGCUCGUCUGGAGUGUGCCAGAACCAUCGUCGCUCUCUCCUUUUCUUCCUCUCUUUGCGAGCUGUCUCUCUCGUUCUGCGUCUUCUUCUUGCGUUCUACAUAUCUCCGUCUUCUAUACCCAUGCACUGACUUCAGUAGAUGCACUGAAGCCAUUUCGCGCAUUACCUCUGGGCUUAUCACUCUCCCCUGGUCGUCCUCGUUUACUAAAAAUUCUAGAGUGUGUGAUCGAGAGCACGAUGAAGUUGCCUGAAACAUCUACGGGCGUAUUUGUAGGAGCAUGCGGUCCUGCUAGUCUUGUAGAAGAGUCGGGAAAGGUAAUCUGGAUGGUCAACAGGCAGAGAAUGAAGGAUGUUGGAGGUAUUGAGCUACAUGAAGAGUGCGAAUUCCAUCUCUAUGUCUGUUACCAUCCUGACUAA